AUGCUACAGCUAAAGAAACGUCAUCGACUUACCUUGGUUUGCUCGAACUGUAAAAGAAGGAAAUCAAGGUGUGACAGAGGUAAACCGGCAUGCGGAAAUUGUGUUAGGCUUGGUAAUAAAGAUACCUGUGAAUAUUUCCCCUCGUCGGUGAAGAUGGAAGAUAUUGGUGAUUUUAAUCCAGAAUCUACUAAACAGGAGUGCGUUCAACAACGGAAAUGGGAAUUUGUUAAGACCAAAAACACUACUAGCGUUGAUCUAACAACAGGGAAAAUAAUAGUCCAUGGUAAAAUGUCUGCAACAUAUAUGGCAUCCCCGUUGGCUACUAAUUCAGUUCAGCAUAGGGACCUUUAUUUUGAGCUAUUUAAUUUAUUUUCCGAUGUGGCUAUCAAAAAGACAGUGAAACAAAUUGUUGGUACUGGUGCAGGGUCACAGGACGGUAACUCUCUACCGAAUUCAGUGAAACCGCUGAUUAGUUUUGAUGGUCCUAAUAAUGAUGAUAAACUUUCACCUCCACUCUUUUCAAAGCAUAAGCGAAUACAUAAGUCUUUAUUCGACAAGUUUUCGCAGCAUCGAUAUGAACUGAAGAAGCAGUUUACAAUUUCAGACAUCGAUAACCUUGUGGAUUCCUACCUUCUAGACCAGGUUAUUUAUAUGCAAAAUGUAUGGCCGCAUUUUAAGAAGUACGUUCUGCCGCUGGUUCCGAUUUAUGAUCCUGAUGUAUUGCUUAAUGACAUUGAGAACUUCUACUCAGAUUACAAGAUGAAAGGUAAGCUUUCAGUAAAAAAUAACGACUAUAUCACCUUUGCGACGAUUCUUCUCACCAUCCGUUUAGUUCAGUUGUCCAUUAAUUUUGACAAAUCUACCGUUACGAAUUUUAAGUAUAAUAAAAUCCUAAAACUCAACACAGAGGCAUAUCCUACCGUUGUUAAUUGCUGUAUUCUACAGUCUAAGCUGCUCCGUAAAUGUACUUUGCCGCAAUUGCAAUGCCUAAUCUUAGUUCGCUUCCAUAAUUGGUGCUCGCCAAUGGACGGCGACGGCGAAUGGCUUCAGCACAGUAAUAUACUGCAGGGCACUAUCUAUGCAAGUUGUAUGGAGAUGGGUAUUAACUGGAUGUGUAUUAGAUGUCCUGAGAGGUUUGAUUUUGAGAAGUUGAGGAAUGGAAAUGAAAAACUAUCAGCAUAUUCAGAUGCAAAAGGUGAAGGGGAAGGUGAAAUAAACAAUGAAGAAAUGAUAAAGUUAUACCAAAGUAUAUGGGCUGUUGUUUUACACUGGGAUAGAAAAUUAGGGAUGAUUACGGGACAAGAACCAAUAAUAGGGAAAUCGAUGAAAUGCGGUACUGUUAAGGCAGCCGGUACAUGGCAUGUGGACAUGUUGGCCACCGACAAUUUGAAAUGGAAACUAGUUAAUACAGUAAAUGAGAUGCAGGAUGAAUUUAAUUUAGAAGAGGCCAGAUUAACUAUACAAGAUUUGAGAAAGAAGAUCGAGUCACUUUCACGGAAUUGCUCUCUAGAUUUUGAACAAGAACUGACUAUCCAAUUACUGGAACUUUCAGUUGCACACGCUUGUUAUGUCGGGCCUCUUAAUGACGGUGUGACCUUUGAUUACACAGAAGCAUUCACCGAGCUUGUUGAGAGGAUAAUCCACCUCACCAAAAUAUUUGUCAAUUAUUUCCACAGUUUCCCGACUGUAUCUCAUCAAUACACCCGAUUUUAUACUAACAGGAUUGUCGAGAUUGCGAUUUACAGGGUUUGUAAUAUCAUGCCAAGCAUUAUUCUGCGAAUGUCAAAUAUUCCUAAAGCUUUGUCAAUGAAACCUAUAGUUGUGAAAUUUUACCACAAUUUGUGUUCGUUGUAUUUUAACGAGUUAGGCUACGAUUAUUACCAGGUAUUCAAAAGACUUUUCAAAACUAAAGUUAUGUACAAAAUCAUUGAUAAGUCUUCGGAACCAUUGCGUAUGAUGCUUAACUAUCUUAUUGGAGAGAUAGCACUAGCAAAUGAUAAGCAAAUGCUAAAUAUUGAGUUAAUGAGAUUAAUUUAUGAGGAAUUUGAAGCAAUAAAAUGCAGCGAUCAUGACGUAACUGAAAUCUGGGGACGCAUAAUGCCACCCGCCAAUGAUGAAGAAUCAAUAGAUAUUUAUCAACUUUUCAGUGAGGCUGUGUUUGAUGAGAAUCAGUAUAAUUCCUAUAAUUUAUUCACAUCAUUCUAUGAUUGUACCUCAAAUAAGAUUACGGAAAACACAAGCAUCGCUUCGACGGAUUCCAUAACGAACAAUCCGAUACUUUGUCCUAUACCUUCAAAGAAGAUAGACUCCAGGUUUAAUUUAUUGGAAGGUAUGCUUGAUCCCAUGGAUUUCGUCAGCUGGCUGGAUGAUAUACCAUUGCCAUCUAUGGAACAAACCAAUCACCAAUAG